AUGAGAUUCUCAUUCAGUUUAACUGAACCUCGGACAAACAAUGAAGCCGAAUAUGAAGCCCUAAUAGCUGGGUUGGAGAUUGCAAUCGAUGUUAGAAUCCAAAAUCUUCAAAUCUUUGGUGAUUCUCAACAUGUUGUGAAUCAAGUAUUAAGAGUUUAUAAAAUCAUCAAGUUUGAGUUGGCCUGUUAUCAUCAACGAGUUCUUGAGCUUAUGAAGCAAAUUCCAGUUGUAAAACUAACUCAAGUUCCACAGGGAAAAAAUGCCAAAGCCGAUUCUCUUGCCAAAUUGGCUAAAGAAAUGGCGAAUAUGGAUGACGAAUGGACUCUAAUGAUUAUGGUGCAUAGUCGUCGGAUCCUAGAGCUAGCAUUAUUACAAUUCCCACAGGUAGAGGGAAUACCAAAUUCAAGCCAGCAGGAUGCAACUCCGGUUGCUCCUCAACCUCCCCAACCAGUUGAUCUCGAAGAUCAGUCUGAAAAAAAUCAAGUUCCUAAGAAAAGACGCAAGGCCAGUCAAGCUUCAGAAUCAUGGUGGCAUUGCUUAGAUGUCGAAGAAGAAAAUGACUGGAGGCAACCUUUCGUUGAUUACUUCAAGGAAGGUAUACUACCAACAGACAAAUCAUUAGCUGCUCAAAUUAGAAAGAGAGCACUACGAUAUGCUUUUGUCAACAACACAUUGUAUCGACGUGCUUUCGAUCAAAUGUGGCUAAGGUGCCUAGGUACUCGAGAAGUUGAUAAGGUGGUGGAAGAAAUUCACGAAGGACUUUGUGGAGCGCACCAAUCAGGUCCCAAGAUAGAAGUCAAAAUUAAAAGAAUGGGCUACUAUUGGCCGACCAUGGUCAGUGAUUGUAUCAAUCACGCUAAGAGGUGCCAUGAGUUCCAGAUCCACGGUGAUGUUAAACAUCAACCGCCAAAUCCACUGCACCAUACAAUAGCAUCCUGGCCGUUCGAAUGCUGGAGUACUGAUGUUAUUGGGCCAAUAGAUCAACCGUCAUCAGCAGGACACCGCUUUAUCUUGGCAGCGACAAACUACUUCUCAAAGUGGGCAGAAGCGGCUCAAUUCAAAGAAGUUACGUCCGAGCACGUGAUCAACUUCUUCACCCACAAUGUUGUUUAUAGAUUCGGUGUGCCACGCCGCAUAAUCUCAGACAACAAAGUCUUCAACAAGACGCUGGUGAAAUUACUGAAGAAGAUUCUCACCAAGAAUAAAAGAGAAUGGCACACGAAAGUGGCAGAAGCGUUGUGGGCGUAUCGUACAACUUAUAAAAUGCCAACCAAAGCCACUCCUUACUCUCUAGUAUUUGGAGUUGAGGCCAUACUGCCACUAGAAGUUGAACUUCCGUCACUUCGGGUAGCAGUUCAGAAUGAUCUCACCCAAGAACAAAAUGUUCGUUUAAGAAUGGAGGAGCACGAUGCACUCGAUGAACUCAG